UAUUCCGAUAUUUUCAUCACUACUACAGGCCUAUUAAUCGCCAUUUUAUCAUUACCUCCUAUAUCCAAAAACAUCAAACAGACUUUCUCGAUCAUGUCUUUCCCUACUAAAGGAGAUCUUCUCUCUAUGCCUGCCUACACUGCGGAGGCUGAGCAGAACGCUGUAGAGAUCUCAUGGUCCCAGUCAUUCCGCACUCGUACCGCUCGUUACUAUAUCGUCAACGCCCAGAACCAAUCCAAGGGCAAUACCAAUGUUUUGAUGUACAUUCAGGACCGCUACUACAAGGAUUCCAACAGUAAUGAGUACAUUGGAAAGCUUCCUGGUGCUCGACAGGAGGGCAACUCCUGGAUCGUGAGUAUCACCGAUCGCUUCCAGUACGGUCAGAAGAACAAGAAUGGAGAUGGCCGCUGGGUUGCUCUCCACGAUAAGGACAACAAGCCUUACCAGCACCGGUUUAUGAUUGUCACUAUCCAAGGCAAGCUUACAGAGGCUGCCAAGAACUUGGCUAGAUCUUUUGGUGCUGGGGAGAUUGCUGAGCAGGUCUCGAAGCUUGGUGGCUCCUACAUUGGUGACUACCUUCACACCUUCUAAUAUCCUGGUGUUGCAGGGCAUCAAGUCUUGCAAUCAUGAUAUGCCCAAGUGGGUCUUAUAGCUCAGUUAUGUCAAUCCGAAUCUAUGUUCAUUUUCUAUUUA